CCAACUCUCCAUUUAUAUGUGAUCUGACAUAUGAACUUGGCACCUUAUUCCUUUCUUCUCUUCAUAUUUCAAUCAGCCUUCAUCAGUUUUUGCUACCAAAUUCAGCUGAAGGAAACCAGCAUGGCAGAUACAAUGACAGAAGAUCAACUUUCCGAGUUUCGCGAAGCUUUUAGCUUGAUCGAUAAAGAUUCAGAUGGCUCCAUAACCAUGGAAGAAUUGGCAAUAGUGAUCCAGGCAUUAGAUGUAAACGCUACAAAAGAAGAAGUUCAAGGCAUGAUAAGUGAGGUUGAUGUUCAAGGAAAUGGGACCAUCGAUUUCGAUGAUUUCUUAAACAUUAUGGCAAGAAAAAUGAAGGAAAAUGUGAUCGAUGAACUACAAGAAGCUUUCAAAGUAUUUGACAGAGAUCAAGAUGGAUUCAUUUCAGCAAACGAGUUGAUACAAGUGAUGAUGAAUUUGGGAGAAAGGCUGACAGUGGAAGAAGCAGAACAGAUGAUCAGAGAGGCCGACUUAGAUGGUGAUGGACUAGUCAGCUAUGAGGAGUUUGCAAGGAUGAUGAUGGCCUUUUGAAAAACCUCUUAACUCAAUUUGGAAUUAUUGUCGACUCUUUUUUUACUUUUUUUCUUUGUUGGGGAAUGGAGAUUCUUCUUCUUAUUCUUCUUCCCCUA